CAGUUUAUAUUUGGCUUAAAGGAGACGCAACAAAGCGCACAAAAUGGUUGCGCAGGAGGCCCGGGCGAAUAAGUAGGUUUACUAUAGCUUUAAGAACGCGAAAAUUGUGUCUGCUUCUUUAAAAUUAUAUCGGUUUAUUGCUGAAUAGAUAAUUAAGAAAAGUUUUCAAUUUCAAAUCAAUAAAUGUAUGUAUUUAAUUUGCGACGAGCCAUACGCUAUCACAGAAAAUGCACCACUGUUGGAUAAAGGCCGCUUGCGCUCUAAACGUCUAUUAGCCAGAUGUGGUCCGUUUUUACCGAAAUCUCCAGCAAACCUGCUUGACUAUAAGCGGAAUUUAAAGAAGGCUGAAGUGUCUUUAUGGUGAUGGAACCGCCCGGCUACCGAACCGAGGAUGUAAAUAAAGGGGAAGAUCCGGAGAAAGACAAGGCCUUAGAGCAAGCCCCGGAUACUAGUAUGACCGUUACCCCGCGGAGGGGGCUCAGAGAGCGGGGAGCGGGCCGUCCAAGGUCCGGUGUAGCCGCUUCUGUAACGGACGUUAACGGAGCAGCGUCGAGCCCACUGAGCUCAGGACGAGUUUUAAGAGACAGGUCGACGAGGGCAGUACCGGCCUGGUUGAAGGACACUAAGAGCGACGACGAUGAUGAAGAAGAACCGAGCCCGGACACCAAUGCAACCAAGCGGAGGAAAGUUUCCAACUCAAAUCGGAAAAAAAACUCAGAACCAACGACUUCUGCUGAGACUGGAGGGGGGGUCGCAGGUGACAGCCUUCAAGGCACAGACUCAGAGGACUCAAAGAAAGCUGCCACAGAUGCCCAAGCUCUUCCCUCCAAACGCCCCCCAGCCCAGACUCGUGCCAAGCCCCCGUCUGGCAGAGCUGUCCGCGGCUCUGCCAAGCCUGUGUGUAAGACCGAACCUGGAAUGGAGAAUCCAGUUGCAGUGGAGGAAGAGGCUAACGAUAAACAAAAGUGUGAAAUUAAAAAGAAAAGGGUUGAAAGUGAAGACGUUGCUGAACAACCCUUGGAUGAUGAAGACCCUCCAUUCCAGGAUGACCUAAAUGACCUGAACUACCAGCCACAGAGUCAGAGUGGUGCAGAGGAAGAGGAUGAGGGCCUCAGCAGCGAUGAAGAUCUUCCUUUUAGAGAUGACCUGAAUGACCAGAGCUAUGACCCAAAGGCUGAAAGGGAUAUACCUAAACCAAAGCGCAAAGCUCCUCCCAGACAGAAGGAAAAGAAAGAGAAGGAAAAAACUCCUAAAAAAGAGAAAGAGGUUGCUGAGAUAAAGAUUGAAGGCUUGGAUAACGUUGAGAGUGUGGAGGAGGAAGUAAAGCUCGAAGAAGAAACAGCAGAGGACCCAGAUGGACCGAGGAAGAGAGGACGUCGGAAAAAAGAUGACAAAACCCCACGACUGCCAAAGAGAAGGAAGAAGCCUCCGGUGCAGUAUGUACGCUGUGAGAUGGAGGGAUGUGGAACAGUCCUGGCUCAUCCUCGCUACUUACAGCACCAUAUAAAGUACCAGCACUUGCUAAAGAAGAAGUACGUUUGUCCUCACCCGUCAUGUGGAAGGCUUUUUCGCCUGCAGAAGCAGCUGCUGCGUCAUGCAAAGCACCACACAGACCAGAGAGACUACAUCUGUGAGUUCUGUGCUCGUGCCUUUAAAAGCUCCCACAACCUGGCUGUGCAUCGUAUGAUCCACACAGGAGAGAAGCCCCUACAGUGCGAGAUCUGUGGCUUUACAUGUCGUCAGAAAGCGUCUUUAAACUGGCACAUGAAGAAGCACGAUGCUGAUGCAACCUAUCAGUUCUCCUGCUCCAUUUGUGGCAAGAAGUUUGAAAAGAAGGACUGUGUGGUGGCCCAUAAAGCCAAAAGCCACCCUGAGGUGCUGAUUGCUGAGGCGCUGGCAGCCAAUGCUGGCGCCCUCAUCACAACCCCCGCCUCCCUGCUAGAACUGCCAGGAAACCCCAUGCAAACAGAAGUCAACAGCAUGGAUGUGAGCCAAGUAGGACAGGAUAGUCAGGGGGACCUGAUGAGCCAGGAAGGACAGGUGGGGCAGCAAGUGGCUCAGGUGUCUCAGAUGGGUCAUGUGGCCCAACAAGUGAGUCACCAGGUGGUUUUACUGGGACAAGACCAGAGCCUCCAUACAAUGCAGGUGCCAGUGACGAUUGCUCUGUCCCCUAUCGACCCCCCUUCGCCAGCUGAUAACCAGCAGCAGACUCACCUCCAACUACAGAUGCCCGUCCAGUUUGUGCAGGCAGCUCAGCAGUCGCAGCCCCAGAUCCAACAGCUGACUCUCCAUUCCGGCUCGGUGGUGACCCAGCAUCAGCCCCAGCUCCAGCCACUUCAGUCCUACUCCUCCCAGCAGCAGAGCCACGGUCAGACACAAAUCCUUCAGAUGACCUUCCAGCCUGUCAGCCAGUCUCAGACCCAUAUUCAGCAGAUCCCCAUUCUCGCCACCUCUCAGCAGCUUCAGACACUGCACACAAGUGCCCCCAGCCCCCCUCUCCUGUCUCCAUCUCACCCCCAGACCCAGGAUCCUGCCUCUACCAAUGGAGGUGGCUUUAUUCUGGACAACCCGGUGCUCUCAUCUUCAUCUCAGUCCGUUGGUUCUCUUCGGCAGACUGAGGCCACAGGCGCCCCUGAUGGUGUGGUCUGGGAGCAGACGGGACAAGGGGAAGUUUUGUCGGACACCACUGAGAGACAUGUGCAGCAGGCGCUUAUGUAGA